AUGGCGCGGUGUCUGUCCGCCGCGGUCGGUCGCUCGCGCUCUCGGUUUCUGAGUUCUCGUCCGGGUCGUCCUCCAAAGAGAUGCUCCGGGGCCGGACUUCAGGACGGACCUCGACUCAUCCACCCAGGACUCCCCGGCCUCCUGUCGCCCAACCUGCUGUCGCACACAGAUCUGGUACGUGUGGAGGAGGGCAGCGGGAGUCUGGCUCUGGUCACGGUUCAGGACCCGGUGGAAUGUCCGUCACAAAGAAGAACACAAGAUGGCCGCCGCUGUCUGACGGCGGCUGCGAUGGCCGAGCUCCAGAAGCUCCAGAAGAUGAAGAUGAUGAUGAGUUUACAGAACGGCAACGAGUCCGACAACGAAGACCUGCACUCCAACACGGGUGGCAGCGAGUGCUCGUGGGAGAAGGAGCGCCUGACCAGCCCCGGGGCCCCGUCCCUCAGCGGGACGCCGGGGGGAGGCGGGCAGGGGGCGGGGCCGACACCUGGAGGGGGCGGGGCUACGGCGGCGGGAGGCGGGCGGGGGACGGCCGUGGCGCCUGUCAAUCAACAGCAGAUCCAGCAGCAGCAGCAGCUCCUCGCCAACCGGCUGGAGCUGCCGUUCAUGAUGAUGCCUCACCCGCUGUUGCCGAUGGGUUUGCCGCCGGCGUCCGUUGCCAUGGCGAUGUCUCAGAUGAACCACCUCAGCACCUUCGCCAACAUGGCCGCCGCCGCACAGCAGAUCCACACGCACGUCCACCGCGAGCCCGUCAUCAAGGAGCGGGUGUGUGACAGUCCGUCUCUGUCUCCGUCGGGGGAUGAAAACACUCCUCUUGAGUCUCAGCCCAGCAGCUCCGCCUCCAGCUCCCCGGAAAGACUCGGUAAAACCACUAAACUCUCAGUCCAAGUGUUUGAGUCAUCUAGCGAUCUCUCCCGGGCCCUGUUCAAACCCUGCACGAGAUUCUGUACGAGGCUCCGCCCACAAGCCCACGUCCCCCCAGGCUCCAACAUCAUGAAAAGUGUCCUCCUGGACCUGGUGUCCACACAUGAGGACAAAUAUGUCCAACGCACUUUGGGAUGUUCAGGGCUGGAGCUGCCGUUCAUGAUGAUGCCUCACCCGCUGUUGCCGAUGGGUUUGCCGCCGGCGUCCGUUGCCAUGGCGAUGUCUCAGAUGAACCACCUCAGCACCUUCGCCAACAUGGCCGCCGCCGCACAGCAGAUCCACACGCACGUCCACCGCGAGCCCGUCAUCAAGGAGCGGGUGUGUGACAGUCCGUCUCUGUCUCCGUCGGGGGAUGAAAACACUCCUCUUGAGUCUCAGCCCAGCAGCUCCGCCUCCAGCUCCCCGGAAAGACUCGGUUUGGGCUCCACGGACACAGACGUCCCUCUGCCCAACCCCACUGUCCCCAUCAAGAAAAUCACCAAGGACAAAGAGGAGUUGUCUCUGGGUCAGACUCUUCCUCCUGGUUUUCCUGCUCCGUUUCUCUUCGCUGACGGACUCUCGUCUGUGGAAACUUUACUCACGAACAUACAGGGUUUGUUGAAAGUGGCCGUGGAAAACGCUCGAGCUCAGGACAAACAGAUCCAGGCCGAGAAACGAGAACUGAAGAUGGAACUGUUCAGAGAAAGAGAAAUGAGAGAAAGUCUGGAGAGACAACUCACCUCCGAGCUCCAGAGCAGAG